UUUCCCCGGCAAAAAAAAAAAAUUCGGUCCGAGCAGGAAGAGGUAGUACGUGCAACACCACGAACUGGGUAUUCAUUUGGAAUUGGGUUCUGCGAGCAAUAUUCGCAGACUCGAGCAGGAUUGGUAUCGAAAAUGGGUGUCAAAAAAUCCACGAAGAAGUUUGAAAAGAAACACCUCAAAGAUGUUCUCGAACGACGCAAGGCAAAUGCGAAGAUCAAACAGCGUAACCAGCUGAAGGAAAAGCGGAAGGCUCAGAGAGCAAACGAGCGGGCUGUGGAUGGCGAAGAGGAUGAUGAAGAUAAGAGCGAACAGACAGCGAAGGAUAAUUCCUUCGCUCAGAUGAACGUCGAUGAUUUCUUCGCAGGCGGUUUCGAUAUUCCCGACGCAAGAACAGCAAAGGGAAAGAAGGCGCGCAAGACAGACGUCAGCCAGAAGAUCGGAAAACGGAAACGUUCCCAAGACAAAGAUGCUGCCUCCGAUAAUGACGACGACGCUUCAUCGCAGGCUAGCAGUGUCGGCGAUUUCGAAGAGCACAAGGAGCAGCUCGAGGCACUCAAGGAAAAGGACCCCGAGUUCUACAAGUAUCUCAAGGCCAACGACGCUGAAUUACUCGAAUUUGGUGACCAUGGGGACCUCGCAGAAGUUGACGCCCUGAGCGAAGAGGAGGAAGAGGCCCCGGCCAAGAAGAAGAAGAAGGCUAAGAAGGCGGAGGAAGACGAAGAGGAUGCCGGUGAGGCAGCCGAUAAUACGCUUACCACGGCCACUGUGAAGAAGUGGCAGAAAUCAAUGGAGGAGCAGCAUUCGGUCAGGGCGAUGCGCCAAGUGGUUCUUGCCUUCCGCUCCGCCGCAUACAUCAACGAAGCAGAGGGGGAGGAUUCAAAGUAUUCGAUCUCGGAUCCCAACGUGUAUCACCAGGUCCUAGUUACAGCUCUCGGCAUGGUUCCUAAGGUCCUGGGACAUCACCUUCCCGUGAAGGAGACUGCUUCGGGCAAAGUUAAGGUCUCUCUGGACUCGAAAAAAUUCAAGACCCUCACGCCUCUCAUCAAAUCCUUCACCUCCUCUGUCCACCAACUGCUCGUGAAUUUGUCCGAUGAUCGGACUCUCAAGUUGACCCUGUCAUGUCUCGAACCUAUGCUUCCGUAUCUUCUGCAGUUCCGAAAGCUGCUCAAGGUCCUCAUCAAGACUGUCGUUGGUAUCUGGGCCGAUGUUUCAACAUCGGAAGCCACACGGAUCACAGGCUUCCUGCUCCUGCGCCGCUUGAUGGUCGCCGGUGAUGCGGGUAUCAAAGAGGCCGUUUUGAAGGCUACUUACGAAGGUGUUGUCAAAGGCAGUCGCAACACGACCGUGCACACUAUUGCCGGUGUGAAUCUGAUGAAGAACUCCGCUGCCGAGAUCUGGGGCAUCGACCAGAACGUUUCUUAUACCACUGGGUUCAGCUUCAUCCGUCAAUUAGCCGUCCAUCUACGCAGCAGCAUCACGAACACCUCCAAGGAGUCAUACAAGACCAUUUACAACUGGCAAUACGUCCACUCGCUUGAUUUCUGGUCCCGUGUGCUUUCGCAGCACUGUGAUGGUCUCGUCGAAGCCAAGGCCGGCAAACAAUCUGCCCUUCGCCCCCUCAUCUACCCGGUCGUCCAGAUCACCAUCGGUGCCAUGCGUCUGAUCCCCACCGCGCAGUAUUUCCCGCUGCGUUUCCAACUGACACGGGCUCUCCUCCGCGUCUCCCGCGCUACCGGAACAUACAUCCCUCUUGCGGCUUCACUUCUGGAGGUCCUCAACUCGGCUGAGAUGCGCAAACCGCCGAAAUCCAGCACCCUGAAGCAACUCGACUUCACGACUGCGAUCCGCGCGCCGAAAUCUUACCUCCGCACCCGCAUCUACCAAGACGGCGUGGGCGAGCAGGUGGCCGAGCUUUUGUCCGAGUUCUUCGUGCUGUGGAGCAAGCAUAUCGCUUUCCCCGAGCUGUCUGUUCCCAUCGUCGUCAUGCUGAAACGGUGGUUGAAGCAGGUCGGAGCUCGCACCGGCGGAAACAAGAACACCAAGGUCAACCAGAUGAUCCUGCUUCUUGUGCAGAAGGUCGAGUCGAACGCCCGGUGGAUCGAGGAGCGCAGAGUGAAUGUCUCGUAUGCGCCUACGAACCGCGCGGAGGUGGAGACCUUCCUGAAGGAAGUGGAAUGGGAGUCCACGCCGCUCGGGGCGUUUGUCAAGACGCAACGCAAGCUGAGGGAAGAAAGGGCUGCAAUCCUGGAGAAGGGACGGCUCGAGGAGGAGAGACGGAGAGCGAUGGAAAAGGAGGCAGACGAUGAUGCUAUAAUGGAGGAUGUUGUCAGUAGUGAGGGCAGUGACGAGGAUGAGGACGAAGAGGAAGAGGAGGUCUCCGAAGAGGAGGAAGAGGAAGAGGAUGAUGAGUAGAUAGAUUAGCCAAAGCUAUUUUUGAUCUGUCUAUUCCCGUCAUGUUAGUUAUAUCAGUUAUGUUACCCCCUCCCUGUACCUAGAUCCAAAAUCAAAAGAAUCGCAUUCCGGUAUAGAAUAGCUAUUU